UCUCUAUAUAUACAGACAUAGUAAACUUUCUAGGAAUUUUGAAUCCUUCCGAUAAUCUCAGGAAGAAAUAUCGACAGAGAUAGAGAGCUCCCAUUAGAUUCGUUCUUUCAUCAACUGUCAUCCCCGUCGGUUUCGCUUCUGUACACCCUUUACUCUCUCUCUCUCUCUCUCUCUCUCUCUCCACAAAAAUAACCCGUUGGUUUAGUUGGGGCUUGGUCUUAGGGUUGGGUUCGAUCACCGACAAGGUUUCUUCCUGGGAAAGUCUCUACAGUCUCUUCCCCUAUGAAACAGGACGAAUGAUGAAUCCAAUCACAUCCAAUCCUCUCCAUCCUCCUCCCCCCCACUCUUCCUCUUCUUCACCCUAUUCAUUUCAAAUCCCCACAAUGAUCCGAGCCCUAAAUUCUCUGUGAUCUCCUCUCUUUGUCUCUCUCUCUCUCUCUCUCAUCUGUUUUAUUUUUUCCGACCCAACGUACGUACCCAUUGAUGACGGGGAAAGCUCUGCUGGAUUCGCCGAACGCCUCCACGACGCCGCGACAGAAGCGGCGCGUGGGGGAGGUGGCCGGAGGGGUGGCGGCAGGGUGCGCGGCGGUGUGCUGCUGCUGCCCCUGCAGCAUGAUGAACCUGCUCAUCUUGGCCGUCUACAAGGUCCCUCGUGGGAUUUGUAAGAAGGCCUGGGCCAUGACCAAGAAGAGCCACAACAAGAAGAACAAGCGACGCCGCCGCUGCAAGAAGGACCUGCUGCCCCGGCCCGCGUGGAUCGGUGGAGACGGCGGCGUGUUGGAGAAGACGGACAGCGGUGGGGAAGAUGAUGACGAUGAUGAUGGUGGUGAGUUGAAGAAGAAGGACGACGAUGACGACGAUGACGACGACGAUUCGGAGGACGCCGCCUUCGAGAAGGAGAUGUGGGACCGCUUUUACGGGGCCGGUUUUUGGAGAAGCUCUACGUCCGCGUCUAACAAAGAAACGUGAUGUCGUUUUUCCUCCGUUUGGCUUUACGUACAUACCCAUGAUCCGACAUGUCGUUUUCUUGAGGUAAUGACCACGUCCGUCCGGCUACUGAGAAAAAUGUAAUGUAAAAUUGGUAUCACUGUUUUCUUGUAUGGAUUUGCGAACCUUUUUGUUUUA